AUGAGAGUUUGCACAUCCCAGACUGAUGAAAAGUGUGCAAGGUAACUCAUGAACAACACCUUUCAUGGAAUGUUGAGAGACAAGCUACAAAAAAGUUUCAGCCGGAGUGACAAACAACAGAUGUGGAAAUGGCACGGAUUAUUGCUCAUCUCUAUCUGCUGGGGUGUAUCCUGCAUUCCCUGAAUGAGGCUGAUGCAGCCUCAGAAUUUGAGCUGGAUGGAGAUUAUUUAAUAGGUGGACUUUUUGACAUCCAUCAUGUAAGUAAAAGGCUUCACCGUGACAAACCGGAAACCAUUACCUGCUCUAGUCAACCCUUCAUCCUAUCAAGUUACCGGAGGUUUCAGCUGAUGAGAUUUGCAAUAGAGGAGAUCAAUAACUCUACCAAACUGCUGCCAAAUGUGUCGCUUGGCUAUAAAAUAUUAGACCUUUGCUCAGACACACAGAACUUCCCUGGAGUUUUCAACCUCAUCUCUGAUGAGAGUCCCAUCCAGCCUUGGAAUGACUCUCAGAGGCUCACGUCCAAAAUGGUCACAGUGGUCGGCUCUUACACAAGCACAGGGACGCUGAGUGUUGCCCCGUUCUUCAUGAUGGAUGUCUUCCCGAUGGUAAGCAUUGCCAGUUGUUUCAAUACUUUCGAAAUAAACUGGGAAAUGUUCUGUGCAAUGUUACUUGAAGGUACUGAAAUGUCUCUUUCAACGGGUCAGUUAUGGAGCUGCCAGCUCCGUCUUUUCAAGAAAAAAUAAUUUCCCAUCUUUCCUACGAACAGGCCAUCCUAAUAAAGAUGUGAUAGAGGUGGUUCUAGAGCUACUGCGAGAAUUCAGCUGGA